AUGCAAGGAUUACCAGACCACAAGACUAAGUUAUGUGAACUACAGCUGAUGAUUUUGGUAGAUGAUGCUGGAGGAGAAUGGCCUAUGAUUGCACAUGCACCCUGGAAUGGCUGCAAUCUUGCUGGCUUUGUUAUGCCAUUCUUCCUAUUCGUCGUAGGGAUGGCCAUUGCACUUGCUCUCAAGGUUGGUUUAUCAAUUUUAUUGAAUAUAGCAAUCUGGUUUUACAAAAUUGUCAGUUUUCCUCAUUGA